GCAGCCCUCCAUGCGUGUUUGGGAGGAAGGACAGUGACAGGACGCUAGUAGUUGUUUUCACGAGGUUUUUAAUUAACGCUGACGUUGAAAUGGUUCAUCCUCUCGUCGGAGUGUUUUACUGACUUUGUUCAAAAUGGCGUCAGACGUCUGCAAGUAGAGUGCGAAGUUUACGGCUGUUUUCCCUCCGUAUGUGGGAGUUUCUAACAGAUGGGUACGUAGAAAGUGACACUUUAAUAGCGCCACCUAACCUACAGAAACGGUGACUGCUCCACACUGUGACCUGAUUUCUGCUUGAAUCACUAUAAGUGUGGUUGACUCGCGUCGCUCUGAGCUCCCAUGGAGGGUUUAGAGGAGAGGCUCAAAGGUCUGACCAUCGCGCGGCGGUCUCGCCCACAGGAGCCCACCUACCUGCUGGACGUCGCCCUGCAGCCCACUGGCCUGCUGGCCGUGACCUGCUCCAACUUCACCAUCCACCUCCACAACAAGGACACUCUGAGCCUGGUGGGAGAGUGUCAGGGCCACAGCGGGCCACUUUCUGGUGUUGUUUUCUCCCACACCUCCCCUGACCUUCUCUACUCUGGUUCUGCUGACGGGACGGUCCGGGGGUGGGACGUCCGCCGCCCUGGGACAGAGGCAGCCCAGAUGUUUAAAAGUGACCCGUCACACAGCUACUGUAGCUUGGACUUGAGCUGCAGCGACACACUCCUGUGUGCUGGCACCGAGCAGGUGAACGAUGAAGACAGCUUCCUGGUUUUCUGGGACAUUAGGAAACCCGGUGGUGACCUUCUCGGGGUCUACUCAGAGUCGCACAGUGAUGAUGUCACACAGGUACGCUUCCACCCUCGAGACAAAGACCGUCUGGCGACCGGCUCCACAGACGGCCUUGUAAAUGUUUUUGACCUGAGCCGAGGGGCGGAGGAGGAGGCGCUGCUGGCCACCUGCAACAGCGACUCGUCUGCUGGCUCGGUCUGCUGGUCCGGAGCAGAUUACACCCAGCUGCUGUGCCUCAGCCACGACGAGGGGCUGCACCUGUGGGAUCUGAGUCAGCUGGACACAGACGAGCCUCUUACCAUUUUCAGCACCUCUGAUGCUCGCAGCCUGACUCCUCUGGCUGAUGGCGGAGGCGUGGAUUACCUGGUGGGGGGCAGGUGGCUGGAGGAGGCCCAGAAGCUGCUGGUGGUGGGAGGGAAGAACAGCGGGGACCUCCACCUGAUGGAGUGUGAUGACAAGGGGCUUCGCCUGCUGAGGAGCCUCGAAGGAGGCCACACGUCCACAGUGCGCUGCUUCUUAUGGGACGCAGCGGAGGAGGCUCUGGUCACCGGGGGUGAGGACUCUCAGCUGUUGCUGUGGAAACCUGGAGGGGAGGAGCUCAGGACAGGGAAAAAGGAAUCUAUGAAGAGCGAAUCAGCUUUGAGACUCAAAUCCAGGCCGCAUAAAAAACACGGCUACCAGAGAGAAAAGAAGGCAGCAUAAAAGUGAAACUGAAUCAUCAUACCAACUGACUGGUUUUUCAGACUCAGUCCUUUGAGUUUGUCAUUCAUCUCAGCUGAAGCAUGUAAAACAUACGAACGCGGAUGUUUCAGACACCAGCGUGCUAUCUAGAAUCAUUCACUGAGCCGGCGUUGUUUGUGAGCAUGAGGUACAUUCAGGCUAGAAAAGUGCUUAAAGAUGUCAUUAUGCAGACUAAAUACAUUUGAGUGAGCUGUUUAUUUUUUUCUUUCAAUGCAAAGGAACCAGAAGAAAUACUCCAUGAAGACCAGUGAAAACAACCCCAAAUAUGAAUGUUUAACUACGUGGAAAAAGAUUUGUUUUCUCUUGGUAAAGUUUCCGGUGGCUCUCUGAAGUGGCAGUUUGAUUGACGACCUUUGGUACAUAUCCUGCAAACUUUCCUUAGUACAAAGUACAUGGAUUUCUUCACUAAAAAAACAAUAUACUGCGAAUCUUGUGGUUUUUUUUUUAGAUUUUUACCUGUUUUGAUAUUUUUUGUUGUUGUAAUAUUUCUAGUUCAGAGCGGCUUUGACUCUUUGCAUUGCAUCACAUCCUGACAGUUACCGGAGCCGCCCAGCACAGCAGCUUUCAAAUGGCAAAGAGUAGAAUAACAUGAUUUGGCAGUGUGAGUGUGGGUGUGACUCGAGAGAAGUCCUGCUGUGAGUGAACCAAAAUCUCAUUCACAUUAGAGACAUGAAAAGGUUCCCAGUAAUUCAUUUAUGGUGACUCAGUGAGCUUUGUAUGGGGUUUUCUUUACUGACACGCAUCAGGAUGAACUAUAAGGCAUAUGCACAGGGUAAUCGCACGGUUUGAAUUUUUUAAAUCUAGAUGAACAGAAGAGCUCACUUUCCAGCAGAUUCCCUCUGGAAAAGAUGCACUUCUGUGAUUUCUUUUUAAAGCUGACAAAGUAUGAACCAAAGUGUCUUUUAAUUAAACCUGAAUGACUAGUGUGAUAAUACUGUAACUACACCUGGUGUGUGUGUGUGUGUGUGUAUGUGUGUCCAUGUUUUUUCAAGUAUGCUACUUAUGUGAUGCAUUUCUGUUCCAAACCAAAUGGUAAUUUGUCAGCCGUUUUCAUCUUGCGACUUCCUUUUCCCUCCUCUCGUGGCAGGAGACCACACUGAGGUGUCGGGCUCACUCCAGACACCACAUCGCAUCACACCAGACAUUAUUUUAUUAGCACACGUGUUUAAUUUGUAAGAUCCACUGAAAGCUAGCAGUUGACAACUAAUGAGCUAAGGCUAUAGCUAACUCACGACAGCCGUAACACCAACCUUAGCUAGUUAUCUAAAAUGCUUUUGUGUUUUUUAAAUAAAGCUUGACAGUUUUGGUAAAA